CCGCCCUUGCUGCGUUGAUGUUUUUUCGACGGGCUCUUUGUGCCGAGAGAAUGCGGUAAAACCCCCAUCGGCGGGUCCACCUACUUAAUCUAGUGUAGAUAGAUAUAGAUACUUAAGUUAAGUACCCAAGUAAGUACUUAGGUACCUAGGUACCUCAAGGGUGCGAGACCAGCCCGCCAGCCCGCCAGCGCAGAACACCUGGGAGCCCACACACCACCGCCGCCUCGUGAUCCCAUCGAGUCAAGAAUUCCCUAACCUCCCCUACCUUGUCGCUCCCGUUGCACCACUCGGUACGGAUACUCGCUACUCACCACUCUUCCAGCAUACUCCGUGGUAUACUUGGAAUCCCCCCUCCCCCCACAUGGCCCGUCACAUCUGCCUCUGCCCCAGACUUUGUACUCCCUGCUCCCCAGUUUCCCAGCUCCCCCCUUCCGAGAAUUAUCCUUCGGAUGCCAUCCAGUCGUGUUACACAGUGACACCACAGUAACACACCUGCCAACCACUCACACCCUGCCUUUCAGACUGCCUCUCUUUGUUUGCUCGUCGGGCCCAACCUCGUCUCCUCGGCCGAAUCUUCCAGCCUACCCAUUUGUCCGUUUUGCCAACAGCUCAUAAGAGUCUCCUCCUGCACCCGUCCCGGCUGGGCCCCCCUCGACAAGUUCUCCAGCAACCCCACGACCACCCACGCUCUUGUCCCCCCCCCUAUAUCUGUCGUGAUAGCAGCAGCAGCAGCAGCCAGAGUCCAUAUGGGGUCAACCGGCUCGCCGGCGCCCACGCGCCUACCCAUCUCCUCUGUGCUGCCCCCCUUGAUACUCGGCACAGCAACAUUCAACACCCAAUAUGUCCAGGACCCAUCACAGAUGCCCUACAAAUCCAUCGUCUCCCGUGCCCUGGAGCUAGGCGUCAACGCUUUCGACACUUCACCUUACUACGGCCCAUCCGAGAUCCUCCUGGGCGAUGCCCUACACCAUGCCACCCUCCCCAACAGCGCAAACUCCAAAAUCAUCGACUCCGACUCUCAAAAGCACCCCCGCGACAGCUACAUGAUCCUGACCAAGGCCGGCCGCAUAUCAGGCAACACCUUCGACUACAGCCCCGAGUGGAUCCGCUACAGCGUCCUACGCAGCCUGAAGAGGCUGCACACCCCCUACCUGGACCUCGUCUACUGCCAUGAUGUCGAAUUCGUCUCCCCUGCCGAAGUCCUCGCCGCUGUCAAGGAGCUCCGCCGCCUGCGGGACGAGGAUGGCGUCAUCCGCUACGUCGGCAUCAGCGGGUACCCUGUUGACGUGCUGUGCGACCUGGCCGAGAUGAUCUAUCGCGAGACGGGCGAGGGCGUCGACGCCGUCAUGAGCUACUGCCACUGCUCCGUUCAGAACCACCGCCUGGUGGAGGGUUUUAUGGAGGAGGACGACGACGACCAGUACAGCCAGCCCGCCACAAACGGCAGUGCUGUCAAGAACCUCCCACCCCUCGUGCGGUUCAGGAACGCCGGCGUGUCCACAGUCCUGAACGCCUCCAUGCUCGGCAUGGGCCUGCUGACCACGCGGGGAGUCGACCACGGCCCCCAGGCAGCCUGGCACCCCUCGCCACCCCCGCUGCGCAAGGCAUGCGCCGACAUGGCCGCCCGCGCGACCGCCGAGGGCGAGAGGCUGGAGCGGUUGUCGAUCCGCUGGGCCCUGGACACGUGGGCGCGGGCCGCCGCGCGGGCCGGCCUGGGCAUCAGCCUCAAGGGGAAGGGCAAGCACGAGAGCCUCAGCGACAGCAACAGCAUCGGCGGCAGCGUCAUGGGCAUCACGACGCUCGCGGAGCUCGAGGAGACCUGGGGCGUGUGGCUGUCCGUGCUGGCCGAGAGCGUGCCGGACGUCAAGAUCGGGGAGGGCAACGACAACGACGACAUCGCGCGGGAGGCAUCGCAGGACGUCGUGGUCGCCAACGGCGACAAGGACCUGCAGAGCGCCUCGCUGAAGCGGUGCGACCAGGUCCGCAGCCUCGUCAGAGAAAAGCUGUGGCCGCUGCUGGGCGAGUGGCGGAACCACAGCUGGCCCUCGGGCCUGGCAGAGCCGGGGUUCGUGAACGAGAGGAGGCCUGAGGAUGUCGGGAAGGUACCCCUGGACGAUGGCAUUAUUGCUGAGUACGAGGCGAGGAGGUAGGUAGUGUUCCUGCCGCAAUAGCGCGAUGGGAUGUGGAAGAGCGAACGAUAUACAUCGAGACGAAUCCUCGGUAUCAGGAUACUCACGAGGACAACACGUGUAUUUUUUCUGAAGCGGCAUAUACAUUACAUUUGCUGGGUUUUCACCAGGCGAUAGAGGACAUAUACAGAGACGACUUGCUUUUCCAGCAGAUCACAAGGUCAAUCAAUGCCUACCACACUUUUCAUGUUGAUA